UAUGGUUCUAAUUAAAUACAGAGAAACACAAAUAAAAAAAACAAAAGACUGAGAAAGAGUGAAGGAAAAAAAAAAAAUACAAAAAUGAAUGUAUCACAGGUAUUGCACAUGAAUGGAGGUGUUGGAGAAGCAAGCUAUUCAAACAACUCCUUUGUUCAGCAACAUGUAAUUUCUUUGACAAAGUCCAUUAGAGAAGAAGCCAUAACUAGUCUCUACUGUAGUACAUCUCCAAGAACCCUAGCAAUUGCAGACUUAGGUUGUUCUUCUGGACCAAACACUUUGCUGGUGGUAUCAGAAUUUAUCAAGGUUGUGGAAAAGCUUUGUCGCGCGUCGAAUCAUGAAUCUCCCGAAUAUAUGAUCUUCUUGAAUGAUUUAUCGGGUAACGACUUCAACAACAUCUUUAGAUCUCUUGAUAGCUUCAAAGAGAAACUACGCGGCGAAAUGGAACAUGAAAUGGGACCGUGCUAUAUCUCUGGAGUUCCUGGUUCUUUCUAUGGCAGGGUUUUUCCUAAACAAAGCUUGCAUUUGGUUCAUUCCUCUUACAGUCUUAUGUGGCUUUCUAAGGUUCCUGAGAAUGUAAACAACAAUAAAGGCAACAUUUACAUGUCUAGUACAAGCCCUGCAAAUGUUCUUACUGCAUACUACAACCAAUUUCAAAGAGAUUUUUCGAAAUUUCUGAAGUGUCGUGCAGUGGAAGUGGUCGAAGGAGGUCGGAUGAUUCUAACAUUUUUAGGAAGAAAAAGUAAUAAUAUGUGUAGCAAAGAGUGUUGCUACAUUUGGGAGCUUAUGGCUAUGGCUCUUAAUGACAUGGUCUUGGAGGGAAUCAUAAAAGAAGAGCAACUUGAUACCUUCAACAUCCCUCAAUACACUCCAUCUCCAUCGGAAGUGAAAUUGGAGGUUCUCAAAGAAGGAUCAUUUAAUGUCGAUCAAUUGGAAGUUUCUGAAGUGAAUUGGAAUGUUCUUGAUGAAUGGAAUGCUCUUGCAUGUGAAUCUCAUUCGUCUGAAUCACUCAAUGAUGGUGCCUACAAUGUUACACAAUGCAUGAGAGCUGUUUCUGAACCUAUGCUAAUUAACCAUUUUGGAGAAUCUAUUAUUGAAGAUCUUUUUGAUCGCUAUCAAGAAAUUCUGAUUGAUAGGAUGUCCAAGGAGAAAACUAAGUUUGUCAAUGUCACCAUAUCAUUGACUAGAAAACCAUGAGGAAAAAAUUAUUUAGGGUUUAUAGUUACAUAAUUAUUCCAAAAAUAUUUACAUAGUUUAUAGGCACACCACAAUAAUAAUCAUAUAUUAUCCCACCAAGUGACGUAAGUGAAACCUGCUGCAUGAUUAGAUUUCUUCUUGAUGUUUUAUAAUUUGCUUUGUUUGUCAAUUUGGUAAUUAGCUAUAAAAUGUUGUAGUGAUUAAAAUAAACUAGGAGUACUGUAUUCAAUAUAUGCUAGUACCUAAUCAUAUGUCAUGUUUGUCCUA